CCUACAUAUUGAUUCACAAGGCAAUCCCAUGCACCACGGUUGCCGCCCCGUUUGAAAUUUGCUUCCGCUGCCGCGUUUCUGAGUCUCCGCACGGUUCGACGUUCCUCUACAUUGUCCAUUCCUCAAUCGUCUACGGUAUCAUUCGUUCCUCGUAUCGUCCAUCUGCAGUGCAGGACACUUGCUCGCUACCUUGGCAUUCGAUAGCGGGGACAAUUCAUACAUCAUGUCUGACGGUAUUGGAAUCGCAAACUUGCCUAACCAGCGGCACAAGAUUGUCAAUAGCAAAGGCUCUUACUUCACCAUCAUGGUCUGCGGUGAAUCUGGCAGCGGAAAGACAACCCUGAUCAACACCUUGUUCGCGACUGAAAUCUGUGCUCCGAGAAACUACCGGCAAAGAUUCGCAAAGCAGAUGGAUAAGACGACGGAAGUUGAGAUUCUCAAGGCGGAUCUGGAGGAGCGGGGGUUCAAUAUCAAGUUGACUGUUAUUGACACACCUGGAUUCGGCGACUACGUCAACAACAAGGACAGUUGGUCCCCCAUCGUCGACUUCAUCGACGACCAACACGAGUCUUACAUGCGACAGGAGCAACAACCUCACAGAUCCGACAAACAAGACUUGCGAAUUCACGCGUGCUUGUACUUCCUGAAGCCGAGUGGAUUGACCGUGAAACCUCUCGAUGUGGAAAUCAUGAAACGUCUCGGAACCCGCGUCAACUUGAUCCCGGUCAUUGCCAAAGCUGACACCAUGACUCCGGAGGAUCUGGCCAACUUCAAGAUCAGAGUUCGAGCUGUAAUCGAAGCCCAAGGCAUCAAGGUCUAUGUCCCGCCUAUCGACUCCGAGGACCAAAACGCAGCCGAUCAUGCUCGCAGCAUGCACUCCGUCAUGCCGUUCUCUAUCAUUGGUAGCACAGAUGACGUGACAACACCGGAUGGCAGAGUUGUCAAGGGUCGCGAGUACCUAUGGGGCGUGGCAGAGGUGGAGAAUGAAGACCACUGUGAUUUCAAAAAACUCAGGUCAUUGCUUAUCCGGACAUAUCUCCUUGACCUGAAGACGUCAACCGAGGAGAACCACUACGAGGCAUAUAGACUUGCUCAAAUGGAGACAAGAAAGUUCGGGGAGCCCAAGGUCAAGAAGCUCGACAAUCCCAAAUACAAGGACGAGGAAGAGCAGCUCAGGAAGAGGUUCACAGAGCAGGUCAAGUUGGAAGAGGCAAGAUUCAGGCAAUGGGAGCAGCAUCUCAUCGCGGAGAGAGAUCGUCUCAACAAGGAUCUGGAAAACGCCCAUACGUCAAUCAAGGCUCUCGAGGGCGAAUUGGAUCAGCUUGCAGCUUACCAUCGCCAAGGCAGUGGCACCGUCGGACGACGAUGAUCUGCAGCAAGAGUCUCUGUUAUACGACCACGUCCAUGUCUUUCUCUUCACGACCUCUUAAUCCACUUGUCACAUAU